GGGCUCCACUUCUGCAUCCACUCCGGAGAGAUUUCCUCCGUUUCUCUUCUCCUGGCAGACUCCUUUGAUCUUUUAUGUUGUCUGUCAAAAAGCUUUUAACGCUCAGGAACAUUGUCUCUGCAUACAGUUAAAUGCAAAGGUAUUGGGACUGGUAUUGGGAUUUGUUGUUUUGGCUCUGUACUCCAGCACAUUGGAUUUGAAAUUAAACAAUGAAUAUGAGACUCACGUGCAGACUGUCAGCUUUAAUUUAAGGGUAUUUGCAUCAGUAUUGGGCGAACUAUACUUUUGCAUCUAACUGUACACUCCAAACAAAGCAAUACAGGAGAGUGGUUUUUGUUACUUUUGAUAUCAGUGGUCGUAAUUUAUCAAAAAUUUCAAAAAGUGUAAAAACUGUAUUGUAACUCACUCUGGAUGAGAGUACUCGUUAAAUGCCAGUAAAGUAAAACAAAGCAAAGCUAACAGUGCUUUGGCAGUGCAUGCAUUAUUUCCAAAUAUUUUUGGUGUUAGACUUGCCACCUAUGUGGCGUGUGGGUGAUAUGACAGUGAACACAAAUACCUGUGUUAAUUUGAGUUACCUGUGUUAAUCAGCUCGCUGGCUUUUUUCCAUGACGUUCCCCAUCACAGGUUAUUAAACUGCAUUAAUUACCUGUGAAAAUAUGCACUGUAAUCACAGCAGUCAGAUUGACACUGGUCAUUAUUGCUAAAUGAUUGCGUCAACUAAGUGCUUUGGAUACCACGACUACGUAUUCUGCUUUGACUUUAAAUUUCUCCACAAGCUAAUUAAAUUAUACAGGUAUCAGGCUGAGGUGUCAGCUAUGACACUUGGACAAGAAUGUCACCAAACAUUGUCGGGCAAAAUGUUCUGGAAAGUACUCCCCGAACUGAAGUGCUCACCAUAAGCACAGCCUUGUCACUUUUGUCCCACCAGGGGCAGGGUGGGGUUCAGUUGUCCAAGCGUUGCUUGUGUUUCCACAGAACAGGUUUCUCCCACAGCCAUAAGAGACACCCGUAGGCUACAAGCUGUCAUCGGUGAGACAUACACCUGACCUUAGAUUGAUGCUUUUUCUUUUUCGCUCUUUUCUGCAUGACUGUGUUGACCGUAGGGUGUCUUUGCCUUACUGGUUCGCAGGUGAGCAUGCAGAUGUCAGCUGCAGUGCUGCUUGCUCAGGUCGCAUUGAUUCCAGAGCUGGAGAGCCAUUUGCCAUGACACUCCAUUGGCUGGGCUGAUGUCAGGGAACAGCAGGCAGCUGGACUCCCUGAUCCAAUGAGCUGGUCCUCCAUCACUGGUCUCACCUGCCUGCUGUGCUGCGUUGUGUUGUCAGCUGGCAGGGUGUCUCCCCCACAGAACCUGAGCGUGACAUUUCUGGAUUUCAGGGGUGAGGUGAACUGGUCCCCUGGUAUAGGAAACCCACCAGGAACCACAUACACUGUGGAAAUGCUGCCUAUUGGAAGCAAGAGUUGGAGUCGAUUGGAGACGUGCACUGACAUAGAAUCCACCACAUGCCAUCUCAACUUUAACCUGACUAUGAAUGACCUGUUGGACUCCUAUUACAUCCGGGUCAAAGCCUCAUGGGGUGGGAACAGCUCCAGCUGGAUCAGCCUGGACACGGUCCAGCCAUAUGGGAACACUCUGCUGAGUGCCCCGACCCUGAAUUUGUCUGUCCAGGAGACAGAUAUAUUUGUGCACAUCCGCAUGCCCCAGCUUGUUCUCUCUGUGCUGCCCAAACUGAGAUACAAGGUCCGGGUCUCUGAGGGAGCCAGUGGAGAUGACGAAAAGUGUGAGAUGCUCAGAGAGUCCUCCUAUGUGUGCAAAAUCCUGAGCCUGGGCCAGCGGUACUGUGUCAGGGCCUCCGCCAUCCACAGACAGCAGCAGACUAAACCACACCUCUCCUCAGUGAAGUGUGUGGACGUGCCUGACAAUACCACAGGUUUGCGAAAAGAUAUACUGAAGCAUAUAGGUAUGGCAACCUUAGCAUUGCUGCUGGUCAUAAUUGGCGUCAUCAUAACACCCAUGUACAUUUACAUGAAGCCGAAGGCAUCAGAUCUCACACCCAGUUCACUGAAAGUAGUUGGCGGAGCUAGCAGGAUCUUGAUGGCCAUUCCAGCUGAAGCUCCGUCCCCCUUGGUGCGUGUCAUCACCCCUUCCCUCAGGAGUGGCAUGACAUUGCAAGAGUACCCGUCAUCCUGCAACUGCAGUUACGAGUGCAGGGUUCCCAUUUCCUGCUCGGUGCAAACCGCUGAUUUUCCCCUACCUGCGGCAGAUGAGGAGGAACUGGAAGAGCAACAUCUCUCACCCUGCCCGUAUGCUGGGACGUUGGAUGAGGAAGUGCAGGGGAAUGACAUUUUGGAGGGGGAGACUCACAGCGCAAGGCCGCUUUUGGGAGAAAGGGACUGGCAGCUAGACCGGGGUCCCUCUUGCCUGGAUGUGCCAAUGACUAGCCUGAGCUUGUGUCUGGACUCUGGAGAACCAUGGGAAAGCUGUGGAGAGAGUGACAGUGUCAGCACAGAAGGAGAGGAGACGGACGUAGGAGCGAAGCUUCUGGGUCAGUCCCAGAGGAAUUCUGCUGGGGACCUGUCCAGUUCACUGGAGACCCUUGCUGAGCCUGACCCUAGCUCCACCUACCCCACUGGGUAUGAGCCCCACUUCAGUCCAACCUCGUGUGAGCCCAACUCCUCUGCCUGCUCCCCCUCACCUACGUUUGGACAGUCAGUGUUGUAUUUAAAGAGGUGACCAGAGAAACAUCACCAGUGGAAGGAUUUAGAGGACUGUGGAAGGAGGCCAAUUUAAGUUGGGUUUAGUGCCAUUACAUAAAUUGCAUUGAUGCUCUUAGCAGAAGUAAAUUAUAAAGCGAGGGGAACUUUGGAAAGUGGAAUUACUUGUUGGAUUAGUACAUCAGAAGAUCAGUAUCAAAACUGCUGUGACAUAUUGCACUGGAAAUGUUUACCUGGAAGCCAUUUGAUGAAGCCAGUCUACAGUACCUUUAUUUACCUAAUCUUCUGAAAGACAUGCAAUGUCAUCCAAUUAUUUCUGAGGAGAUAUAAUGAAUGAGAAGAUGUUGCAUUGUGGUUCCUGAUUGAAAAUGUGAUUUUAAUGAUCUGCCUCCGUGUGUGUAUGUGUGUGUGUGUGUGAGUGCGUGCGUGUAUGUAUGUGUGUGCAUAUGUGCGUGUGUAUGUGUGCGAAUGUGUGUGUGUGUGUGCAUACAAAUGAUUUAUGUUUACACAUGGCUCCUUGCCUAAGGCCUGCGAUUGAGACUGCAAUUAUUUGCAUUGCAUUUGUUACUGAGAGACCUGUAGCUAACUGGUAAAAUUCAUUACGCAAUGCUGAGAUGGACAGAAUUAGGGUGCUGUUUUCUAGACUGUACAAAAAAUGAAGAUAUAUUUUAUGAUAUGGAACAUAUAAUACUGUUUACACCUAAAUAUACUUGAAAAUAUAUAAUAUUAUAAACAUAUUGCUAAAUAUAAAGCAAAAUAAAUGUGUUCACAUUAAAGGGACAGAAGCUUGUCUAUUUUUCACAUUGCGUAC